UACGACCCGGAUAAAUCCGAUCUGAUCUUCUUCCGACCCACCACAUCAUCCACACAACAACCACGACUUCCGGUCAAAAUUAACCAUAUCAACAUACACCCCAAGGAGAGGCUGAAAUAUGUAGGAGUCUGGAUAGAUCCGACCCUCUCCUUCCGGCCCCACAUCGAAGCAGCGAUCGCAAAAGGCCUUAAAGCCCUCCACCAGAUCCGAUACACCGCCCGCCUGCCAGGAAUAACGACUGGCGCAGACCACAUUACAAGAUCCCUCGAACCACUAUAUAAUGAAGCGGCCCGGAUCAUCACCGGCCUACCACGUUGGACCAAAAGAACUAAACUCCUCCGAGAAGCAGGCCUACCCCCCUUAGAACAUCUCCUGACAUAUCGCUCCAGAAAGUACGGAACUAGAAUACUCUGCACCGACGUAACCCACCCCAACAACGAAUCCCUGAUCGAGCUCCUCCCAUACAGAGAAGCAAAUAUCAAAGGAACAGGCUUACACCGAAUCGCCUCCCUACUACUCCGAUACCAGACCCCCGGAAAUGCGAGAGAUAAGUGGAACCAAAACAAACUACUACGCGACCACCUGUUAGAAGAAUGGAACACACAAUCAAUACCGAACUACCAUCAUCGGGGGGAAUUCCGCCCCCCUCCCAAGAUAGCGAAACUCACCCUUACGGAAGCAAAAAAAGUCUUUCGAAUCCGGUGCCAAACCACCCGAAUCGACAAACACGCAGUACACACAGACCCCGAACCAUGCCAGUAUGGUACGGAAAACUCAGCGAAACAUAUACUUAUGGAAUGCCCAGCGUGGGCUCGAAUCCGCACCCCUCUGAUAGAGAAGAUCCCCGGACCGAUGACCUGGGAAAACUGGAUGUUUACAAACCUGAGAACGGACCUUAUCCUACAAUUUGCGAAACAAUCUCAACUCUCGAAAUGGUACGAGUCGGCGGAGGCGGAGGCGGACCUGGAAGAGGGGAUGGAAGAAAAUGAUUAG